AUGCAGAGAAGAAUUAGUCUGAAGGAGCUCAUACACAAUGCUGGCGUCAUCAUACCGGCUGACGGUCGCCAGCCGUGCCUACCAGCACCAACACAGCCUGCUAUCACCGCUAGUGAAGAGGACCAUGCGCAAGCCCGAAACAUCUUGCUUGAUCGAAGGACCAAAAAUCCAGAAAACAAAAAUGUGCUAAAGAGCAUAUUCAGGAGUUCAAAGGAGAAGGAGAGAUUGCAGGAGCUGGGGCAAUUCUCACAGGAGGAGCUUGACCAGGCCCUGUCCGCUGUCAUUCACAAUCCAACAACCGGCCCUGGUCUCAUACAGGCAUUCCUAAGUCUAGGUGCAAAGGUCAACAUCAUCGAGACCCCUGAGAAAAAGAAAAAGUCGGGCAACCAGUCGAAUACUAGUCUUCGUCGCCGAAGCACAGUCCUGCAACAAGCAGCUACUUCUCGAAAGGCUGAUUCUGUCGGCCUGCUCGCCAGCUCCGGAGCUGACCAAACAACAUUAGACGAAGGCCUGAAAGCUGCUCUCACUGCGAACGAUCAAGCCUGCAUCCAGGAGCUUUUACGUCAUGGGGCAAACAUCAACAAUUUCCCGACUGCCUUGGCGAACGCCGUACGCUCAAACGACCAGAACUAUGUACGGCUUCUACUAAGAGCACCGAAACCACUUCGCCCCGAGAUUAUAUCGUCAUGCCUGCCUGCCGCAGUACAGCAGAAAUCCAGCGCCAUUGUAUCCCUGUUAAUCACAUAUGGCGCAGACCCCAACUUUGAUUCAUCAAGCGCUUUGAACACUACAAUUGGGAAGCGGGACUUCAAGCUAGCUGCUGCACUGGUAUCAGGCCCGAUUCCUUUGACAGGCUUAAGUUUACAGCGGUUACUCGACACUACUAUGAGAUUGCCAACGUGUGAGGCGACUCUUCAGUUCCUUCAGCUACUGUUCUGCUGCGGAUUGCCACCCAAUAGCAUUGGGCUGCCAGACCUACUCAUCAACAGAAUCAAAAAAGACGAUACAGCCGGCGCCAUGAUGAUGAUUAGCUAUGGUGUACCUACCACGACGAAUGAAGCAGAAUGCUUAAAAGUUGCAUUGAUCAAUUCGAACUGGACCGUAGUCGCUGCUAUCCUCCAAACUGCCAUCUCACCUCAACUCGCUUCAGUCGCACUGACUGUUCUGCCAUCAGCCGCACGACAACCCGACAGAAUGCGUGUGAUAAAAGCGCUGAUCCAGAAGGGUGCGACAGGCCCAGCACUCGAUCGGUGGCUAACACAAGCCGCCAAGGAAGGCGACACCGCGAUGAUAGAGAUUCUGCUCAGCGCUGGAGCAUCAGUUCAUUCCGACCACAACAGCCCGCUCCGAUUUGCUAUAAUGAGGAAGGAUACCAAGAGCCUCAGGUUACUGUUAAAAGCUCGUCCAUCUCCAGAAGCCCUAGCUAAUGUCUUCCCGCCCCUGCGUGACUAUUCACCGUCUGAGCGACGGGAAACAUCCGUCCUAUUACUUGAGGCAGGUGCACGUGGUCCAGAAGUUGAUCAAGCUCUCGUCGACGCGGUUGCGGAUACGUCUGCAGCGAGAGAUGGCUCUCUAAUUAUUGAGCUUGUUCGAAGGGGUGCUAAUGUUAAUUACGAUAACGGCAAGGUAUUCACGUUGGCAGCUGCGCAGGCCGAUUUAUCUCUCUUGCGUCUACUUUGCAAUUCGAAACCUACCUCGUCAUCGACUUCAUCAGCCCUUCCUUUGGCAUUCGACACACAAGGCAACAGACGCACAAACACUCUCGAAGUCAUAGACCUGCUGUUAUCUCAUGGGAUGGAUGAGGGUCCGGCUCUCCCCGCCCUGCAGAUCGCUAUUAGCGGUGGCCCGGACAAUAUCGAUAUCGUGAAGCGUCUCAUCGUAGCCAACACUCGGUUGCUUAGUCCCGCCCUCAAAUAUGCUAUCACGCUUGAGGACUCGAAGAAGAAAGCACCGAUUCUGGAGGCACUGUUGACGAUGGGAGUCACUCAAGAAACUCUUGACCAGGCGCUUGCUGUUGAGACGCGAAAUGCCGUGUUCAACAAAGAUGUCACCAGUACCAAGUUGCUAUUGGGACAAGGAGCUUCUGUGAGUCACAACGAUGGCGAGGCAUUGAGCGUUGCCGUGGCUUCAGGGAGUAGUUCGCUGACUGAGAUUCUACUCAGCGGGAAUCAUCAGCCGUCACGAUCUAGCGUAACGAAGGCUUUCCGUACAUUGUUCGCCGACGAAAAUAUACAAGGGACUUCAAGGAGCGAGAAAAGUCUGAAAACAAUUGCACGGGAGCUCCUUGAUCGCGGAGUUGAUCAACUUGUAAUUGACUCAGCCCUCCGGUCUGUUCUCUGCAACAAUAUCGACAGUGUCGACAUAGAGACCCUAGUCGACCUACUAUUAAAACACGGUGCAAAUGUCAAUGCAGCGGACGGUGCAUGCUUCAUUUUCGCAGCACAAAAGCAAAAUCACGCCAUAUUUGAACAGCUCAUGCUUCACAACCCCAAGUUCAAUAUUGUCGUCGCAGCGUUACUCAGUUCCAAUCUUGAAGACCAGAUAGUGGUCGACUCAAUAGAGUCUUGUUUCAAACACGGAUGCGCCUCUGACGAGCUAGAAGCAGGACGUUACAAAACACCGGUGCUCAUAUUGGCAAUGCAGGAGUACCCUAGAAAUGAGCCGCUCGUUAAACUCUUGCUCAAUCACGGCUGCAACCCUGACAUCUCAACCCAAUCCAUCAUUGACCCAUCAGUUGGAGAAGAAACCGUCUCGGCUCUGCUAUGGGCGCUGAACCAAGCCCAAAAGAAGAUCUCGGAUCCCGUCAUUGCGGCUCUUCUGGAAGCCGGUGCAUCCGUCACUAGAGCUGCACCAAUAUCGGAAAUAGCGCCCGUUGCUCUCGCCGCUCGGGAAGGACGACAUGAGCUCAUCCAGGCACUGCUGGAGCGGGGUUCGGACGCUUCUGCACGCGAUAAAUGGAACCGGUCUGCACUAUUCUACGCUAGUAGUGCCUGGACCACUGCGACGGUGCAAGUAUUAGCUCCGCAUGCAUUGAAGAAUGAUAGUAGUCUGCACGAAGCAGCGAGGUGCUUGCAGCUAGAUGCCGCUGCCAUAUUGACCCAACGGGGCCACGAUCCAAACUUCCCCUCGCGAAUUCACAACGGCAGAAACGCGUUGGGUGAGCUCUGUCUCAAUGCGCAGAUCACAAGUGCAAGCCAUCGCUCGAAAGUAAGACAGCUGAUCAGACUGUUUCUUGACAACGGAGCAAAUCCCAAGUUCAGAGCACGGAACGAGAAGUCCGCUGUCGUACUUGCUUUGGAUAAUGCCUACAACGCCCUUGAGAUUAGUGAAGCGCUUCUCGAAACAGAGAUGUGGGAAGAUUUGAACGACGAGAAGCACAUGUAUCGGGAUACAUCUGGCCUUUGGUACUCACCGCUCAAAUAUGUCGAGCUCAUACCAUCCCCAAGCCGCGCCGCAUCCAGGCAAGAAUUACUUGACCUACUCCGUGAUAAGGGCUGUGAGCCAAAAUACUACUCAGAGACCGCCGAGCAACCGCGUGGCGCCAUCGGCAUGCCAGCUCCCAUAGCCCGCAUAUUUGACCAGCAGAAGGAACAUGAGCUCUCGCUCAAACAUGCACAAGAAAGCCACGAUCAUGCCCGUACUUUGGAAGAGACAACACAUCGCGAUAUUCUCCGCCGCAAUCGCGAAUCACAGGACGCCGAAAUUGCUGCUCAGGCCGCCGCACAACAACACCGGCAAACCCUGGAGCAGCAGAAACAUGAAUUUGAAGUCCAACGCGUCCGCGCCGCAGAGCAUAUGAAGCGCUCGGAAAAGGCAGCCUGGCACAAUCUCAUCAUGGAGCAGGAGCGUGACGCGUCAGCUAGACGGCAGUCAGUCGAGGAUCGAAAGGCAAGCGCAACUAUUGCGUCGGAAGCGAAACUGAUUGAGCAGAGGAAGGCUGAGCUGGAGCAUAAGAGUGGUGUAGAGAGGAGAAUGCUGAAGGAGAAGGAGGAUUUGUAUGAUCGGAAUGUCAAGAGACAGAUAGAUGACAGACCUGCUAUCGAGGGGACACCUCAAUGGGGGACUGUAGACUGA